CUCUUGUAGAACGCGCUGUGUGCGUAAGUAGCUUACAGCACUUCUACUAUGGCUGAUUUGUCGGCGAGACGUGUACAGUACGAAUACAAAGCGAAUUCUAACCUUGUGCUGCAAGUCGAUCGCUCUCUAAUCGAUCGUCCAGGCAGAGAUGAACCGACAGGCGAAGUGCAGACUCUGGUGGGGAAAAUGGUUGGAACCAAAAUGGGCGACAGGUCUCUGCGCAGCAGACCACCUGUUCCUAAAUUCGAAGAACAAGAGGCGAAGCGUGCCAAGAGAGAAUCCAGGAGCAGUGCAAGAGGAAGUGGUAGUGUUUUAGCCAAAGAUGUAGAUGAACUGAGUGGAAUUAACUAUCAACCAAAGACACGAGAAACUAGGUCCACAUAUGAAGUUCUUCUUAGUUUCAUUCAAGCUGCCAUUGGUGACCAACCAAGAGACAUCUUGUGUGGUGCUGCAGAUGAGGUUCUAGCAACUCUGAAAGAAGACAAACUGAAAGAGCGAGAUAAGAAAAAGGAAGUGGAAAGUCUUUUAGGGUCAAUGACCGAGGAGAGGUUUUCACUGCUAGUGAAUCUUGGAAGGAAAAUUACUGACUAUACGAGUGUAAAGGAGAGUGGAGGAGCGGGUGCUGAAGCAGAUAUUGAUGAGGAUUAUGGAGUGGCUGUUGUGUUUGAAGGAGAAGAUGAUGAGGCUCAGAAAGCUGAGUAUCGAGAAGAUAUUGGAGAAGAAGACUCGGCUGAUGAGGCAGAGGGAGAAGAGGCCGAUGACAAGCUCAUUCUUCAUACUGACUUAGACAGCAGCAAACUGGGAGGUCAUCGUGAAUCUGAUGAACUUCAUCCUCGAGCUAUUGAUGCGUACUACUUACAGCGAGAGCUUAAUAAGUUCUAUAAUGAUCACAUUGUAUCACAAAAGAAAGGAGAAGAAGUGUUGGACAUAUUGAAGGAUGCUGCUGAUGAUCGAGAUUGUGAGAACAAGCUUGUGUUGUUGCUGGGAUUUGACCAGUUUGCUUUCAUCAAGUUACUCAGGCAGAAUAGAAUGAAAGUUUUGUAUUGCACUCUUUUGGCUCGUGCUGAGAAUGCUGAGGAGAAACGGCAGCUAGAGGAGAAGAUGGCAGGAGAUGCUCAUCUGUUGCCAAUUCUUCAGGCUUUGAAUGUCAUGGAAUCUGAAGAUCUGGUACAGGAAGAGAGAGCUCGGAAAUCGUCUCAAAGGAAAAGCAAAGUAGAGUCAGGCCUGGAGGUUGAAGGGGAGGAGCAGCUAGAAACCAAAGGAGGAAGGAUAAAGAAGAUUCUUGAUUUGGAUGACUUGGUUUUUACUCAUGGAGGUCACUUUAUGGCAAACAAGAAAUGCACGCUACCAGAUGGCUCAUUUAGAAAGACACGUAAAGGUUAUGAGGAAGUUCAUGUUCCAGCACUCAAACCUAAGCCCUUUAGUGGUGAUGAAGCACUAAUGAAGAUAGAUGAUCUUCCAGAAUGGUGUCGACCAGCAUUUGGAAACUAUACUAGUCUGAACAGAAUACAGAGCCGACUUGCAGACACAGCUUUAGGAACAGAUGAAAACCUGUUGUUAUGUGCACCCACGGGUGCUGGUAAAACUAAUGUUGCUCUACUUACCAUUCUUCGUGAAAUUGGAAAGCAUUUGAAUGAGGAUGGAAGUGUUCAGCUGGAUGAUUUUAAAGUCAUUUAUGUUGCUCCUAUGCGGUCUCUGGUACAGGAAAUGGUUGGAAACUUUUCUAAAUGUUUAGGGCCAUUUGGAGUAAAGGUAAAUGAACUUACGGGAGACCAUCAACUCAAUCGUGAGCAAAUUGCAGAAACGCAAGUUAUUGUUUGUACUCCAGAGAAGUGGGACAUUAUUACAAGGAAGAGUGGAGACAGGACAUAUGCUCAGUUGGUUGGACUUGUCAUCAUAGAUGAGAUCCAUUUACUUCAUGAUGAUCGUGGUCCAGUUCUUGAGUGCAUUGUUGCUCGCACUCUUCGUCAUGUAGAGGCAACUCAGGAACCAGUUCGUCUUGUUGGUCUUUCUGCCACGCUGCCUAACUUUGAAGACGUUGCCACAUUCCUUCGUGUUGAUCCUUCCAAAGGCCUUUUCUUCUUUGACAACAGCUUCCGUCCUGUAGCACUAGAGCAGACGUAUGUGGGAAUUACAGAAAAGAAGGCAUUGAAGCGAUUCCAGGUCAUGAAUGAAGUUGUGUAUGAAAAAGUUAUCGAUCAUGCUGGAAAAAAUCAGGUGUUGGUUUUUGUGCAUUCUCGAAAGGAGACAGCAAAAACUGCUCGAGCAAUUCGUGACAUGUGCCUCGAUAGAGACACAAUUGGUCACUUUCUUCGUGAAGACUCUGCUAGUGCUGAGGUGUUGCGCUCAGAAGCAGAACAGACCAAGAAUCAAGAGCUGAAAGACCUUUUGCCGUAUGGUUUUGCUAUUCAUCAUGCUGGCAUGACAAGAGUUGAUCGAACGCUAGUGGAGGAUUUGUUUGCUGAUCGUCAUAUUCAGGUGUUGGUCUCUACGGCAACUCUGGCAUGGGGUGUGAACCUACCUGCCCACACAGUUACUAUUAAAGGCACUCAAGUCUACAGCCCUGAGAAGGGCAGAUGGGUGGAGUUAGGAGCUCUUGAUGUGCUACAGAUGUUUGGACGGGCUGGUCGUCCUCAGUAUGAUAGUCGCGGCGAAGGCAUUCUGAUUACCAGUCACUCUGAGUUGCAAUAUUAUCUUUCUUUGCUAAACCAACAGCUUCCCAUAGAGAGUCAGUUUGUCAAACGGCUGGCUGAUAAUUUGAAUGCUGAAAUCGUUCUGGGCACUGUCCAAAAUGUAAAAGAAGCGGCUCUGUGGCUUGGUUACACUUACCUAUACAUUAGAAUGUUGAGGUCUCCAACGAUGUAUGGAGUAUCAUAUGAUGAGUUGGAAUCAGAUCCUUUGCUGGAGCAGCGACGUGUGGAUCUCAUUCACACAGCAGCUGCUCUCUUAGACAAACACAGCAUGAUAAAAUACGACAAGAAGACUGGUAAUUUCCAGGUCACAGAACUUGGUCGCAUUGCCAGUCACUUCUAUUGUACCCAUGAGACCAUGGCUACCUACAAUAGUCUACUGAAACCAACGUUGAGUCAGAUCGAACUUUUUCGUGUCUUUUCACUCUCAUCUGAGUUCAAGUACAUUACUGUUCGUGAAGAGGAAAAACUAGAAUUGUCUAAGCUGUUAGAAAGAGUGCCGAUUCCAGUUAAAGAAAGCAUUGAAGAACCAAGUGCAAAAGUGAAUGUUCUCUUACAAGCAUAUAUUUCACAAUUGAAACUUGAAGGGUUUGCACUUGUAGCUGAUAUGGUAUAUGUCACUCAGUCUGCUGGUCGAUUGCUUCGUGCUAUUUAUGAAAUUGUUUUACAUCGAAGUUGGGCUCAGCUGACCGAUCGAACUCUGUCUCUUUGCAAGAUGGUCAACAAACGGAUGUGGUCAUCAAUGAGUCCAUUACGUCAGUUCAAGAGAAUGCCAAUGGAAGUUGUGAUAAGGUUGGAGAAGAAAGAAGAAUUUGCUUGGGAAAGGUUGUAUGAUCUCAAUCAUACAGAGAUUGGAGAGCUGAUUAAAAAUCCAAAAAUGGGCAAGACAAUUCACAGAUUUGUACAUCAGUUUCCAAAACUGGAAUUGACCACUCACAUACAGCCGAUAUCGAGAUCAUCUCUAAAAGUUGAACUGACUGUUACUCCCGACUUCCAGUGGGACGAGAAAGUGCAUGGUCAUUCACAAGGCUUUUGGAUCUUCGUGGAAGACGUUGAUAGCGAAGUGACUUUACAUCAUGAGUUCUUUUUGCUGAAGAGCAAGUAUGCCACAGAUGAGCAUACUCUUGAGUUCUUCGUUCCUGUUUUUGAUCCCCUACCGCCACAGUAUUUCAUUCGUGUUGUAUCUGACUCGUGGAUUGGUUCUGAAACACAGUUGCCUGUGUCAUUUCGACAUCUCAUCUUGCCAGAGAAGAAUCCUCCACCAACAGAGUUGCUUGAUCUUCAACCACUACCCAUGAGUGCGCUACGCAAUGAGACAUACGAGUCUCUCUACAAUGAACGUUUCCAAUUCUUUAACCCAAUACAAACGCAAGUGUUCAACAUGCUCUACAAUGGGGAUGAGAAUAUGCUAAUUGGAGCUCCUACUGGAAGUGGCAAAACUCUUUGCGCCGAGCUUGCCAUCAUGAGGCUUUUUAAUGAGAUGCCUGAAGGUCGCUGUGUGUAUGUGACUCCAUUACAGGAACUGGCUGAAGAGGUGUAUUCUGAUUGGGAGGUAAAGUUUGGUCGUCAUCUUGGCAAGCGAGUAGUCUUGCUGACUGGAGAGACAAGUGCUGACUUGAAGCUAAUUGCCAGAGGCAAUGUGAUUGUUGGGACUCCUGACAAAUGGGACAUUUUGUCAAGACGUUGGAAGCAAAGAAAAAAUGUUCAAAAUGUUAAUCUUUUUGUUGUCGAUGAAUGUCAUCUUAUCGGUGGUGCUGAUGGCCCGGUUAUUGAAGUUGUGUGUUCACGGAUGAGGUACAUUGCUUCACAGAUAGAGAAGCAAAUCAGAAUUGUGGCUCUCACUUCUCCGCUUGCGAAUGCAAAGGAUGUAGCUCAGUGGCUGGGUGCUGGAACUCACAACACUUUUAAUUUUCACCCAAAUGUGCGGCCAGUUCCACUAGAACUUCACAUUCAGGGUUUCAAUGUGAGUCAUGCUGCGUCUCGGCUUAUGGCCAUGGCAAAGCCUAUCUACCAUGCCAUUUGCAAGCAUUCGCCUCAAAAACCUGUAAUUGUCUUUGUUCCUUCUCGUAAACAGGCACGUCUCACUGCCAUUGAUUUGCUGACAUUUGCUGGUGCAGAGCGUCAGCCUCAAAGAUUUCUACAUUGCCCAGAAAGUGCAUUGACUGACCAUCUCCAUCUGAUUAAAGACAAGACUCUACGAGAGAUGAUUGUAAAUGGCGUGGUGUAUGCACAUGAAGGUUUGAGUGAUACAGAACUACAAGUUGUCCGACAGAUAUUUAAUUCUGGAGCUGCUCAGGUGGUGAUUGUUUCGAAAGGCUUGUGUUGGGCACUGGGUAUGUCUUCACAUCUAGUUGUUGUGAUGGACACUCAGGAAUACGAUGGCUGUGGGCACAGGUAUGUUGACUACCCUAUCACCGAUUUACUCAGGAUGAUAGGAUAUGCAGGCAGGCCUAUCCAUGAUGAUGAUGGCAAAUGUGUUGUUAUGUGUCAGAGCUCAAAGAAGGAUGUCUUCAAGAAGUUCCUGUUUGAGCCUCUUCCAGUUGAGUCUCACUUGGAUCACUACUUGCACGAUCAUUUUAAUGCUGAAAUCGUGACAAAGACAGUCGAGAACAAACAGGAUGCUGUGGAUUAUCUCACAUGGACACUAAUUUACAGACGAAUGACACAAAACCCAAACUACUACAAUCUUCAAGGGGUGACACAUCGCCACUUGUCUGACCAUAUGUCCGAACUUGUGGAGAACACUUUGGCUGAUCUCCAGCAAUCUAAAUGCAUCGCGAUUGAGGAUGAUAUUGAUGUUCAGCCUCUCAACUUGGGCAUGAUUGCUGCAUAUUAUUGCAUCAACUAUACAACCAUUGAACUUUUCAGUAUGUCACUUAAUGAAAAAACUAAGAUGAAGGGUUUGAUUGAGAUUAUCGCAUCUGCCUCUGAAUAUGAGACAAUCCCGCUGCGUCAUCAUGAAGCAGCCAUCUUAAAACAGCUGUCGUCAAGAGUUCCAUUGAAACUGCCGAGUGCUAGCAAGUUCAACGAUCCCCAUGUCAAGGCAAACUUGCUGCUGCAAGCUCACAUGUCUCGUAUGCAGCUGUCGGCAGAACUGCAGCAAGAUACAGAAAAGAUUCUUGCAAAGGCUCUUCGACUGAUCCAAGCAUGUGUAGAUGUCCUCAGCAGUAAUGGUUGGCUCAACCCUGCGAUGCAAGCAAUGGAAUUGGCACAGAUGGUUACUCAAGCAAUGUGGAGCAAAGAUUCACAUCUUAAACAGCUGCCGCACUUUUCGGCUGACGUUAUCAAGAGAUGUCAACAGAAGAGCAUCGAAACUGUGUUCGAUGUGAUGGACAUGGAGGAUGAUAGUCGUACCGAGCUGCUCCAAAUUAGCGAUUCUCAAAUGCAGGAUGUUGCUCGAUUUUGUAAUCACUAUCCAAACAUUGAGUUGAACUAUGAAGUUCUGGAAAAAGAUGAAAUUACAAGUGGUUCUGCUGUGGUUGUGGAAGUGUCUUUGGAAAGAGAAGACGAAGUUGCUGGUCCAGUCAUAGCUCCAUUUUUCCCACAGAAACGGGAAGAGGGCUGGUGGGUUGUCAUUGGAGAAGCACUCACCAACAGUUUGAUCUCCAUCAAGCGAGUUGUGUUGCAACAGAAGGCAACUGUGAAUCUCGAUUUUAUGGCUCCUGCUAUUGGUCAACAUAAUUAUAUGCUCUACUUUAUGUGUGAUUCAUAUAUGGGAUGUGACCAAGAAUACUCUUUCUCAAUCGACGUGAAGGAAGGAGAAGACAGUGACUCUGAUGAGGCGUGAGUUGUGUAAAACAGGAGCUCUGCCAACUGAACGUGUUGUAGACUUUGCCAAUGUACCUUAUGCAUCAGGCACCUGAUCCAGAAUAUGUCAUAGACAAACACCCUA